AUGUUUGCUUUCGUGAUAAUUUUGCUGAGCGUUGCACUUAUUGCGAUAAAAUGGUAUUUAACUCGUAUCUAUGCAUCACUUUAUUGGUGUUGGGACAAUGGAAACGAAGAAAAACGAAUUUCCAUCGAUACAGACGAUGUAUCUUUUCCACAAAGUUUUCUUUGGGGCACGGCAUCGGCUGCAUAUCAAUGUGAAGGACCAGGCGAUAAAGCACCAACAAAGUCAAAUUGGUCAGAAUGGGAACCCCAACAUAUUAAACAUGGCCAACAAUGUGGAAUCGCUGUAGAUCACUAUCAUCGAUACAAAGAAGAUAUUGAACUGAUGUCUACACUUGGCUGUAAUGCAUAUCGAUUUUCAUUAGCUUGGGAUAAAAUCGAACCGGUUGAAGGACAGUAUGAUCAAGAUGUUCUCGCCCAUUACCAUGAUGUUUUAAAAGAAUUACAUCGACAAUCCAUCGUACCGAUGGUAACAUUUCAUCAUUUUGUUCAUCCAUUGUGGUUUGAAGAGCGCUCCUCGUUCUUAAACUCAACCAAUUUGUCUGCAUUUAUUCGCUUUUCUAUUGAUAUGUUCAAAGAAUUUCAGGAUGAAUGUCAUCUAUGGUGUACAAUCAACGAACCCGAGGUAUAUGUUAGUGGCGGAUAUUUUACUGGAAUAUUUCCACCCGGUCGCAAAUCACAACCAAAUGAAGCCUCACUUGUAUUACAAAAUCUUCUUCAAGCUCAUGUCGAUAUCUAUGAUGGAAUCAAAGCGAUAGCUCGACAACCUGAUCAACACUCGAUUGGCAUUGUUAAAGAUAUCUUUCAAUUCGAUCCCUAUCAUCCAUUGAAUCCAUUAGAUGUAUAUAUAAGCCGUUUAUUAGAUUAUGCGAUGAAUGGUUGUAUACUGGAUUUCUUUCGUACGGGUUCUUUUAAAUGGAAAAUGCCUGGUUCAACUCCACGAACAUUUACAAAUCCACGUGCACCACACACGAAUGAUUUCAUUGGAUUGAAUUACUAUUCACACUUCCUCGUUCGAUUUAAUCCAUUCAAACCAUCAUCAUUUGAAAUUGUACAUCGUCAAGAUGAUAGUGGACCAUCUCUAAUGACUGAUAUGGCAUAUCCAUUGUAUCCUGAAGGAUUAUAUCGUGCGUGUGUCCGUUUGAAGGAUGAAUUACCACGUGUACCGAUUUAUAUUACAGAAAAUGGAAUUGCUGAUCGAUAUGAUGAUCGGCGUCACUUGUUUUUAAGACGAUACCUUUAUGCACUGAGUCGCGCAAUCAAUGAAGCUGGCUGUGAUGUCCGAGGUUAUUUCUAUUGGAGUUUAACUGACAAUUUCGAAUGGGCUGAAGGUUACGAUAUGAAAUUUGGCUUGUAUGAUGUAGAUUUACAAACACAAGAACGAACGUUACGUGAUGGUGCAAAGUAUUUUCAACAAGUCAUUCAAAAGCAUCGAGCAAAAUAUCAGAAGAAGAUCUUAUAG